GAGUGGGACGGGGAAGAAGCGCUUAGGGAAAAUGGAAGUGUUUAGAGACGCGUGAAGUUGCCUUUCAAGCUCCGGCCUCGUGGGCAAGCGAUGCUCCGUGGCGGCUGACUCAGGGCUGCCUGGGCCUCCCUGCCACCCGCCUGGAAAUGAUGCAAGUCCAGUCUGUCGCCUGGACCCGUGCAGCCGGGCCGACAUCGGUCUGGGUGGGGGAGGGGGAGAAACCGGCACCCUAGCUGUGUCCCGACCAACUCCAGCGGAGCGAAAAGAAAGCGCUGACGAUGGUGGGGCAGCUGCUCGGGCCAAGUCCUAUAUCCAGUGCUUCUGCUCUUAAAUAGUUUGAGGGUUUCUUUAACGCAAAGCCUCGCAACGCUAGGGAUGCCCACGUGUGCUCAGUUCGCCCUCAGCAUCCCUGUGUCCACGAAACUCCUUCAAUCUGUCACGGACUCGGAGUGUGACUCUCACUGAGCUCCGAACGGUGGGAAGAGGAAACUUCCCGGGUCCGAUGCGGGUGUGAUGUGAGCCGGGGACCUGGGGAAGCAGUCCUGGCGCAGACCUUCCCCUCUCCCCUUUCUUUAGCUGCACCCGGAGCGGCAACUCGCUUUUGUUUUAAACCGGUUCGGCCAUUGACCCGGAGCCCCCGCACACGCACACGCACGCACCUCUGGCCGCGCUCACACACUCACACACGCACGCACACCGGCGGCGGCCGCCAGGUCAGCAACUUCGUGGGGCGCUCCCAGCGGAGCCCCGCUUCCUAGCGUAGUAGUUAGGCGUAGGCCCCGCCCCUGGCCGUGUUGUCAAACGGGCCGGGGUCUCCGAUUGGUCCAGCCACCGGGACAACACCUGCUCGACUCCUUCAUUCAAGUGACACCAGAGCUUCCAGGGAUAUUUGAGGCACCAUCACCGCCACUACCGGGCACUCGCGGUGCUGCUAACAGCCUGGUCACAUGCUCUCCGGAGAGCUACGGGAGGGCGCUGGGUAACCUCUAUCCAGCCGCGGCCGCGAGGAGGAGGGAGAAGGCGAGCAAGGAGGAAGGGUGGGAGGAGGAGGGGAAGCAGCGAAGGGGGAGGAAGAGGGGGAGGGGAGCACAAAGAUUCCAGGUCUCCCGGCAGGAGGUUCACACCAAGAACCAUGUGUGCCGAGCGGCUGGGCCAGUUCAUGACCCUGGCUUUGGUGUUGGCCACCUUCGACCCAGCGCGGGGGACUGACGCCACCAACCCGCCGGAGGGUCCCCAAGACAGGAUCCCCCCCCAGCAGAAAGGCCGUCUGUCCCUGCAGAACACAGCGGAAAUCCAGCACUGUCUGGUCAGCGCCGGCGAUGUGGGGUGUGGCGUGUUCGAAUGUUUCGAGAACAACUCCUGUGAGAUUCGAGGCUUACGUGGGAUCUGCAUGACUUUUCUGCACAACGCUGGAAAGUUUGACUCCCAGGGCAAGUCGUUCAUCAAAGACACCUUGAAGUGUAAGGCCCACGCUCUGCGGCACCGAUUCGGCUGCAUAAGCCGCAAGUGCCCGGCCAUCAGGGACAUGGUGUCCCAGCUGCAGCGGGAGUGCUACCUCAAACACGACCUGUGCUCCGCCGCCCGGGACAACACACGCGUGAUGGCCGAGAUGAUCCACUUCAGAGACCUGCUUCUGCACGAACCCUACGUGGACCUGGUGAAACAGCUGCUGACCUGUGGGGAGGAGGUGAAGGAGGCCAUCACCCACAGCGUGCAGGCUCAGUGCGAGCAGAACUGGGGCAGCCUCUGCUCCAUCCUGAGCUUCUGCACCUCCGCCGUCCAGAGGCCACCCACGCCCCCUCCCGAGCGCCAGCCGCAGGCAGAGAGAGCCAAGCCCUCCAGGGCCCACCACCGGGAUGCCGGGCACCACCUCUCGGAGCCCAGCAGCAGGGAGAGCAGCCGUGGUGCCAGGGGCGAGCGAGGCAGCAAGAACGCGCAGAACACCCAUGCGCGUGGCCGAGCAGCUGACCGCGGGGCCCAGGGAACUUCCGGCAGCAGCGAGUGGGAGGAGGAGCCCUCCGAGUAUUCCGACAUCCGUAGGUGAAACCGAGGCCGGCCGGGAACCCUUCCUCCACACCGUACAUUUUCUUCUCUACGGACAUUCCAAGACAUUUGCCAUUAAAGAGGGGGGAUAUCACAUGCAGCAUUUGGUGGGGAUUGUGAACUGGAUAAUGGUGUAUUUUAGGGGAAUGAACGGGUGAGGAGGAGACUCCCCAGGCGGCGGUGAGGUCUUGGCUGGGCCCUAUGGGGUUCACGCUUACGCCUCCCGUGAACACGCCACGGGCAUUCCCUGUAGCUUUGUCUUCUUUCCAUCCGUGGAGCCACUGGGCGUGGCCUGCGGUUUCCUCUGCUGGGUGGGGUUGGUGGGCUGGGGAGGGGGCUGCAGGCCCACCGGGCUGGACCGUGCACUUGGUGCUGCACCCAUCUGGUGCUGUUUGGGUGGAGGGCGGCGGUUCCGGUGCAGGAAUAGACAUGAAAAUCUCACUGAGAAGGAAGAAAAGGGAAGAAAUGUGGGUGCUUGGUGCCAAAUGGAAAUUCACUUUCUUGCAUGGGACCUGGAGGUUUGGAGCUUCUUAGGGUGGGGUGGGGGAGCAGGGAGAGGGCGAGGGUUCUAAGUGUAACUUCUGAGCCAUUCUCCUGUCUGGGGCACUCUGAGGGGGUGGCCCUGUGUGUUUGUAUUUUAACCACUGCUUCAAGUCUUGAUUUCACUUUUUUAUUUAUCCAGUCACACCUACAUAUCUGUCAUCUAAAUAAAUGGCUUUCAAACAAAGCAA